CAUCCUCUUUGCAGACAUAGAGGGUUUCACAAGUCUGGCCUCCCAGUGCACUGCUCAGGAGCUGGUCAUGACGCUGAACGAGCUCUUUGCCAGAUUUGAUAAGCUAGCAGCUGAGAACCACUGUUUACGUAUCAAGAUCUUGGGUGAUUGCUAUUACUGUGUGUCUGGGUUGCCGGAAGCAAGAGCUGACCAUGCACACUGCUGUGUUGAAAUGGGAAUGGAUAUGAUAGAGGCCAUCUCAUUAGUCCGGGAGGUGACAGGAGUAAAUGUCAACAUGAGGGUUGGAAUCCACAGCGGGAGAGUUCACUGCGGGGUCUUGGGCCUUAGGAAGUGGCAGUUUGAUGUGUGGUCCAACGAUGUUACGUUAGCCAACCACAUGGAAGCAGGAGGCAAAGCUGGGCGCAUCCACAUAACUAAAGCAACCCUGAACUAUCUCAAUGGAGACUACGAGGUGGAGCUGGGCUUUGGAGGGGAACGCAAUGCUUAUCUGAAGGAGCACAGUAUUGAGACCUUCUUGAUUGUACGGUGCAGCCAGAAACGGAAAGACGAGAAAGCCACAAUAGCCAAGAUGAACCGUCAGCGCGCUAAUUCCAUCAGCCAUAACCCACCACACUGGGGUGUUGACCGGCCCUUUUAUAACCACCUCGGAGCUCACCAAGUCUCCAAGGAGAUGAAGAGAAUGGGUUUUGAGGACCCCAAGGACAAGAAUACACAGGAAAGUAUGAACCCAGAAGAUGAAGUGGAUGAGUUUCUGGGCCGUGCCAUUGAUGCCAGAAGUAUUGAUCGGUUACGGUCUGAGCACGUGCGCAAGUUCCUCUUAACAUUCAGGGAGCCUGACUUGGAGAAAAAGUACUCCAAGCAGGUGGAUGACAGGUUUGGAGCCUAUGUGGCUUGUGCCUCCCUAGUCUUCCUCUUCAUCUGCUUUGUUCAAAUCAUAAUCGUGCCACACUCUACGUUUAUGCUGGGUUUUUACCUGACCUGUUUCCUGAUCCUGACCACAGUGGUGUUUGUUUCAGUCAUUUACUCCUGUGUAAAGGUAUUCCCAGCUCCACUCCAGACUCUUUCUAGGAAGAUUGUACAGUCCAGGACCAAUAGUACCUUAGUUGGAGUCUUUGCCAUUAUCCUGGUUUUUCUGUCUGCCUUUGUCAACAUGUUCAUGUGCAGCACCGUGGACCUUGCCAGCUGCAUGGCUGCAGAAUACAACAUCACUCCUGACCGGGUGGACAUAUGCCUUAUCAGCAACCUGACUUCCAACUACAGCCUGGGCACCUUGCAGGGAUUCUGUGACAGUCCUUUGCCCAACUGCAACUUUCCAGAGUACUUUACCUACAGUGUCUUAUUGAGUCUCCUGGCCUGCUCUGUGUUCCUUCAGAUCAGCUGUAUUGGAAAAUUGAUCCUUAUGUUAAUCAUUGAAUUUAUAUAUGUUCUCAUUGUGGAAGUGCCAGGGGUCAACCUUUUUGACAAUGCAGAUCUCCUGGUUACAGCUAACACCUACGUGUCUGCAAAUGCAACAUUACCGUGCUCUCCAGCCAUGACACGAGUUGCGUUGAAGAUUGUGACCCCUGUCAUCAUCACUGUCUUUGUCCUGGCGCUGUACUUGCAUGCCCAGCAAGUGGAAUCCACUGCAAGGCUUGAUUUCCUCUGGAAACUCCAGGCCACUGAAGAGAAAGAGGAAAUGGAGGAGCUGCAGGCCUACAACAGACGCCUCCUCCACAACAUUUUGCCGAAGGACGUGGCAGCCCAUUUCUUGGCUCAGGAGCGGCGAAAUGAUGAACUGUACUACCAGUCCUGUGAGUGCGUGGCUGUCAUGUUCGCCUCCAUAAGCAACUUCUCAGAGUUUUACGUGGAGCUGGAGGCCAACAACGAAGGGGUGGAGUGUCUGAGACUGCUCAACGAGAUCAUUGCCGAUUUUGAUGAAAUAAUAAGUGAAGACCAAUUUCGGCAGCUGGAGAAGAUCAAGACCAUCGGCAGUACCUAUAUGGCUGCCUCAGGCCUCAACGAUUCCACUUACGACAAGGAGGGGAAGACGCAUAUCAAAGCUCUGGCAGACUUUGCCAUGAGGUUAAUGGACCAAAUGAAAUAUAUUAAUGAACACUCAUUCAACAACUUCCAGAUGAAGAUAGGCCUCAAUAUUGGUCCUGUCGUAGCUGGGGUGAUAGGAGCACGCAAACCCCAGUAUGACAUUUGGGGCAACACAGUGAAUGUAGCCAGCCGGAUGGACAGUACAGGUGUGCCCGACAGGAUUCAGGUAACUACAGACAUGUACCAGGUCUUAGCAGCCAACAACUAUCAGCUGGAAUAUCGAGGGGUCAUAAAGGUCAAAGGCAAAGGAGAAAUGACCACUUACUUUCUAAAUGAAGGGCCUCCGAUUAGUUAG